AUGGAGGCCGCUUCUGCUCGCGCUGCGGCUCGCGACCGCUGGAGCGAUAUGCCUUCUUCGUCUGGCCGAUCCCCCUCCCAACUUCAGCGCUUCAUCCAGGCUGCAUGCAGUCCCGAGAACUACGAACCCAAUCUCGCUGUCAAUCUCGAGAUCGCCGACCUCAUAAAUUCGAAAAAGGGAACCGCUCCUCGCGAGGCUGCCACGGCCAUCGUUAACUACAUUAACCACCGCAAUCCCAAUGUUGCCCUGCUCGCUCUGGGUCUGCUCGAUAUUUGCGUCAAAAAUUGCGGAUACCCUUUUCAUCUACAAAUUGGUACCAAAGAGUUCCUGAAUGAACUCGUCAGGAGAUUCCCCGAGCGGCCACCUAUGCGACCCACGCGUGUGCAGGCAAAGAUACUUGAGGCGAUUGAGGAAUGGCGAGGGACGAUAUGUGAGACAAGCCGAUAUAAGGAGGAUCUGGGCUUCAUCAGGGAUAUGCAUCGUUUGCUGAGUUAUAAGGGCUAUGUCUUUCCUGAGGUGAGGAGAGAAGAUGCUGCUGUUCUGAAUCCUAGCGAUAAUCUGAAGUCCGCAGAGGAAAUGGAGGAAGAAGAACGAGAGGCGCAAUCAGCUAAGCUUCAAGAGCUCAUUCGUCGUGGCACACCUGAGGACCUCCAAGAAGCCAACCGCCUCAUGAAGAUCAUGGCUGGCUACGAUACACGAUCAAAGACCGACUACCGCGCAAAGGCUGCCGAGGAUGUCGCCAAGAUCCAGGCCAAGGCACGUUUAUUGGAGGAGCGGCUAGACUCUUUUCAAGCCGGCGACAAAAUGGAAGACGGCGAUGUCUUCAGUGAAUUGGCCGCUGCCUUGCAAAGCGCUCAGCCCAAGAUCCAGAAGAUGUGCGAGGAAGAAUCCGAUGACCACGAGGCUGUCGCCAAGCUCCUGGAGAUUAAUGAUAGCAUACACCGAACAGCAGAACGCUAUAAGUUGAUGAAGAAGGGUGACAUGGAGGGUGCUGCUAAGAUUGCUGCUGGUGCGCCUCCUCCGUCUACUUCCUCAGGAGCUGUAGCGUCAUCUUCAAGCGCAGCAAACGAGCUAUCUCUUAUCGACUUUGAUGCCGAUGCCAGUAGCAACGGCGCCCAGUCGAGCAAUGCUAAUGCCUCUGCGCCUGCUACAGGCGCUGGAGGUCUUGAAAAUGACCUUCUUGGUCUUGAUAUAGGCGGAGACUCCGGCGGCUUUGGAUCGGGCGGUGGUAUUGCGCUGGGAUUUGGCGCAAACCAAAAUAUCCCCGGACCUGCGCUCCUAUCCUCCAUGACCCAGGACAACUCUGCCCGAGGCCCAGUAUCAACCCCAACUCCUCCUCCCCCUUUCUCACAAUUCGCGUCUUUCUCACAGCCUGUCUCUCAAUCGACCACACCUCAACCUCCUUUCCAACAACAGCCUGCUCCUCCGUCGCAACCUGCAUCUGACCCCUUUGCUAUCCUUGGAGCUAGCAACCUAAACUCCCAACGGGCAUCACCCGCUCCCCCUCAGCCUAAACCUGCGGCUGUAUCCAAUGACGAUGAUGAAUGGAGCUUCUCGUCGGCGCUACCUCCUGAGCCUAGCAAGCCCAAGGAGCAUCAGGCUAUGGUUAGCAGCACAAAUGUAAAGAUCGAGAUGCAAGCUAGACGAGCCCCUGGCAACGAGAACGCAAUCAAUAUCGUCUUUGCCUUCUCAAACAACAUCCCGCAACCUAUUGGCGAGCUUCACUUCCAGCUCGCCGUGACAAAGGGUUAUGAACUUCAACUUAAGCCCCAAACUGGACGUGACCUUGCUCCCCAGCAAAGUCGCGGUAUUACCCAAGAAGUCCAAAUCUGGCACGCAGGCAACCGUGCCCAAAAGGUCACAAGCGCCAAGCUGCGAUGGCGCGCUGCGUACAAGAUUGGCGAGCAGGCUGUCAAUGAGAUGGGUGAGGUGACAGAGUUUAGCCUCGGAUAA